AUGGAUAAGUGUUUCGCUAAUGGAAGUGCAGCCCCAGGCCCAGUGCCCAAAGGCCACAUUAGACUGUUCAGCAUGAGAUUCUGCCCAUAUGCCCAAAGGGCCAGACUCGUGCUCCACGCCAAAGGGAUCAAGCACGAAAUCAUUAACAUCCACUUGAAGGACAAACCGGACUGGUUUCUGGAGAAGAACCCUCUUGGACUUGUCCCGACUCUGGAGACAGAAGCUGGGGAGGUGCUGUACGAGUCGCCCAUCACAUGUGACUAUCUAGAUGAGGUGUACCCACAGAACAAGCUUCUCCCACAAAGUCCCUUUGAGAAGGCUCAGCAGAAGAUGAUGUUGGAGCAUUACAACAAGGUUGUACCCCAUUUCUACAAAGUUGUGAUGGCAAAGGAGAAUGAUGACAAAGCUGCACUGGUCGCUGAACUGAAAGAAAAGUUAGUGAAACUGAACGAGAAACUGGGCACAAAGAAGUCUGUAUUCUUUGGAGGGAAUUCCAUCACAAUGAUUGAUUAUAUGAUGUGGCCGUGGUUUGAAAGACUUGAGGCUUAUGGGGUCAUAGACCUGCUGAACAGCACUCCUGAACUAAAGCACUGGUACGACUGUAUGAGCAAAGACCCUUCUGUCAUCGCCUGCUCACACAGCACUGACAGCCACAAGGCUUUUUUCAAAUCUGUUUUUACCGAUGGAAAACCCAACUAUGACUAUGGCUUGUAA